GUUGGGAGCGGCGGCGGGAGGCGGCGGUCAAAAUUUAUCUGUUUCACUCAAAUUAGUGUCAUUUUAACCAUCCAAUAGAAGAGAAAUAUGAUGCAAAACAGAAAAAACCUCUCCUCCUUCCAGAAUGUUGGAUCAGAUUCUAGCAAGAUUAUGGCAGACUAUAGCCACUCACAGAACCAGAUGGAAUUACAAAAUGCUAAUUUGGGAAAGGGUUCUGUGGCAAAUUCCCCUGAAAGUAGUCUCCAAGAUAUUACGGAAAACCUCAACACAAGGAAAUAUUCAUCAACUCUUAAAUUUAAAACAAAUGGGGACUAUGCUGGCUCUUAUUUAACCCUUUCACAACCUAUGCCAAUUAAGCCUAAUCCUUCCACCAGUGUUAAAAAUAUGCACUCUAUUAACAAAAUUCAAGGAGGGAAGCAGUUCCCCUGUGAAAGCCCAUAUCUUCCAGAUAAAAGCAUCUCUGCAAAGCAUUUGAGUUCCAUAUCAGGCAUGUCUCCUUCCCUCAGUGGGUAUAGUUCUGGAAGGGCAGAUUUUGACAUUUAUGCCAGCAGAGAAAAUGAAAAAUCCCUUGGACACAUGGAAAAGUUUCACUACUCAAAGUACAGUCAGAGAAAUAAAUCUUAUGACAACAUCUACUUCCCAGGAAUGCUGGAAUCUAAGAAGAUCUCAGGCUCUCUUCUGACUAUGUGGAAUGGAAGCUCGGGGAAUGAGCUGAUGCUUUCACCUGGUAGCAAUUCUGGGGCAGCCAGCAUGCCUUCCAGCCCAAAGCAAGGCAGGAGGAUGAAUGCUGAAAACAGUCUGGCCCUUCACAUAAAACCAGUGAAGUACAAGGAUGAGCUGAUGGAAACUCUGGGUUCACGGCCAAGGAAAUACUCUGGUGGAUCUCUAAGUCAUAUGGGAAUGUACAGUCGUUCCCUACCCAGACUUUAUAAAUCAACAGAAAACCAGCUGGUGCCAUUAAGUUUGCCCCCCAGAAGCUCUCUGGGUAAUAGUAAAAGGAAAAAACUUGGAGAAAAAGAUCUACCUCAGAAUGCUUUUGAUGCUGAUAAUUACCUGAAUUUUUCUUCUUGCAGCUCAGGGGUUUCACCACAUGUAAACUCUGUCUCCAGGAGUAAUCCUUAUGUCAGUUCAACUCUCAGUGUUCCUGCAAGCCCUCGUAUUGCUAAAAAAAUGCUUUUAGCACCUUCUUCCCCAUAUCUCCCUGAUGAUUUUGACAGACUUGGACUCUCAGGAACAAGUCCCAGUAGUUCUUUCUCCCCAGUGGAUUUUGAGAGGUCAUUCUCUGUCCGAAGAAACCUUUCCACCAGUUCCAUGGAACUUGAUGACCCAGAUCUGGAAAGUUACAGACAGACACCAAAUUCUGUGCAAACAUCCAUGCGUGAGCGGAAGAACAGCAUUAGCUCGAUUUCAGGAAGGGAAGACCUCAUGGACUAUCACAGGAGGCAGAGAGAAGAGCGACUUCGGGAGCAGGAGAUGGAACGGCUGGAACGACAGCGGCUUGAGACCAUCCUCAAUCUGUGUGCAGAAUAUUCCAAAUCUGACAGCGAUCCUGCUGCAGCCACUACAGUUGCUGACGUUCAGAAAAUUAACAAAGAGCUCGAAAAACUUCAACUUUCUGAUGAGGAUUCCGUGUUUGAAGACUCACAGAUGAAUCUGGAAAUGAGGUUCAGAAGCCACUUGAAAUCAUCUGCGAGUGACUCUGAUUUCUCAGAGCUGAGCAGCCACAGCCGUGGCACUGCUGCUUACCUGCCCUUGAGGGGGCUGAGGGCUGAGGAGCACUUCAGUGAGAGCACCAAGCCUCCACCUUUCGCUGCUCACAGCUUCCUCAAGGACGCCACUGAGUCAUCCUACCUAAGCAUCACACCAAAGUUGCAGAUACCAGAAUGCACCAGUGAAGAGCAGAGAAGGCAGGAGCUUGGUCAACUGGAGGAGGAACGCAUAGUAAUACUGAAUAACUUGGAAGAACUUGAGCAGAAGAUCAAAGAUUUAAAUGACCAGAUGGAUGAAUCCUCAAGAGAGUUGGAUAUGGAAUGUGCCCUUUUGGAUGGGGAGCAGAAAUCUGAAACAACAGAGCUGCUGAAAGAAAAGGAAAUAUUGGAUCAUCUAAACAGGAAAAUAGCUGAACUGGAGAGAAAUGUUAUUGGUGAAAAGACAAAGGAAAAGUUAAAACUUGAUGCUGAGAGGGAAAAACUAGAGAGGCUUCAGGAGCUUUACUCCGAGCAGAAGACGCAGCUUGAUAAUUGCCCUGAAUCCAUGAGGGAACACUUACAGCAACAGCUGAAGAGGGAUGCUGAUAUUCUGGACAUAGAAAGCAAACACUUUGAAGAUUUAGAAUUUCAGCAGCUUGAACAUGAAAGCAGGUUAGAUGAAGAGAAGGAAAAUCUGACACAACAGCUCCUGCAUGAAGUCGCUGAAUAUCAGCGCAGCAUUGUCGGUAGAAAGGAAAAGGUUUCUGCUCUCAAAAAACAAGCCAAUCAUAUUGUCCAACAAGCACAAAGAGAACAAGAUCAUUUUGUAAAAGAGAAAAACAACUUAAUAAUGAUGCUGCAAAGGGAAAAAGAAAAUCUCUGUAAUCUGGAAAAGAAAUAUUCCACACUUUCUGGAGAAAAAGGAUUUCCUGUCAGUCCCAAUAGUUUGAAAGAGGGCUAUAUCUGUGUAAGUGAAAUUAGUGAGCUGUAUGGCAAUUCCACGAAUAUAUCCCCUUCCACUCAGACCCCCUCAGAUGUUGAAGCAGUGGCCACUGAGCCUUCCACGGCUGUGCUGACGAGCCAGCCACAAAAUAAAGAGCUAAGAUCACCUCUCUGUUCUGGAUUUGUAUUUCCUCACUCUCUUUCUCCUCGCUCUAUUGCUCAACUUCCAUCAGUCCAUUGGCCUGAGGUCAUGGCUACUCAUGUAGAUCCUAUUCCUUUAUCUGAUACACCUCCACCUCUGCCAGCUAAGAAACACUGCAGAGAACAACAGCAUUUCAGAAGCCUGGAGGAGCGCAAGAAGCAGCACAGGGAGGGCACGUACCUGAGCGAUACUCUGCCCCGCAAGAAAACAACCCCAUCCAUGUCUCCCCACUUCAACAGCGCCACGCUGGGACGCAACAUUGCAAACAAAGGACAUUUACCAUUAGGACAGAGCAACAGCUGUGGCAGUGUACUUCCUCACUGCCUGGCAACCAUGACCAAAGAGUCAGAGUCAAGAAGGAUGCACAAAGGGUAUAACCAUCAGCGUAUCUGUGAAAACCAAAGGCAGAAGUCUCCGGAAUUUUACAGCAGAACAGCAUCAGAAUCCAAUGUCUACUUGAACAGUUUCCGUUACCCAGAUCGUAGUUACAAGGACCAUGCCUUUGACACGUUAAGCUUAGACAGCUCUGACAGUAUGGAGACAAGCAUAUCAGCAUGCUCACCAGAUAACAUUUCCAGUGCUAGCACUUCAAAUGUUGCAAGAAUAGAGGAGAUGGAGAGACUUCUCAAACAAGCACAUGCUGAAAAGACUCGGCUGCUUGAGACCAGAGAACGGGAGAUGGAAGCUAAGAAACGAGCUCUGGAAGAAGAAAAACGCCGCAGGGAGCAACUGGAGAAAAGAUUGGAGGAAGAAACGAGCCAGAGGCAAAAAUUAAUUGAAAAAGAAGUCAAAAUACGUGAGAAACAAAGAGCACAGGCCCGUCCCUUGACUCGCUAUUUGCCCAUUAGAAAGGAAGACUUUGACCUACGAAGUCACAUUGAAACAGCUGGGCACAACAUAGAGACCUGUUACCACAUUUCUCUCACUGAGAAAACCUGCCGAGGCUUUCUGAUUAAAAUGGGAGGGAAAAUUAAAACAUGGAAAAAACGGUGGUUUGUUUUUGACAGAAACAAGAGAACUUUUACUUAUUAUGCAGACAAACACGAAACUAAAUUAAAAGGUGUAAUAUAUUUUCAAGCUAUUGAAGAAGUCUAUUAUGAUCAUCUAAAGAAUGCAUAUAAGAGUCCCAACCCGCUGCUGACUUUCAGUGUUAAGACCCAUGACCGCAUCUACUACAUGGUUGCUCCUUCUCCAGAAGCCAUGAGGAUAUGGAUGGAUGUCAUUGUUACAGGCGCAGAAGGCUACACCCACUUCAUGUUAUAAUAAAAGGGAGCAAUAGGGCAUCCUGCAAUAACAUAAAUAAUUAAGUUAGCCAUAGCUAGUGACAGCUGAAAAGCCAGUGAAUACCCUGAAAUGUCCUCCUUAUGAUGUACACCCUAAAAACUCAGAUUGAGAGGGGGUUACAAAUGCAUGGAAAAAGGGGGGUUAUCUGUUGUAAUUGAUCUUUAUAGGAAUGAACGAGCUAAAGCUGUUGAGAGAAUCAUAGUGCUCCAAAAUGGAUAAUCAGGCAAUUUUAAUUACAGAAUCUUGGUUGAAUGAUAAGUUUCUACAAAUUCUCGUAUACAGAGAAUGUCUUCAUAAAUUUAUACAGAACAGUUUACAAGUGUGUGUGUUCCUACUGGUAUGCAAAAAUUCUAGUAGUGAAACAAAAAGGUGUAAUAAGCAUAUAUUUUAAUAUACAACAUUUGACAUUUAUAGAUGAUUAGGUGAGUUUUUAAAACCUUUAGUCGAGUAUUUUAUAGAAAUACAAACAAAAAAGAAGCCCUAAGGUACACACAGUUCUUGCCUUAGUAGUUAAAUGUUACAACAGAGCCAAAGAGUUACAUGAGUCCCUUACAUUUUCAUAUUGUUACUUGUACCUAACUUUCUGUGAAGGGACAGUGCCAAAACUCUUAAUGAUUUUUAAUGUAAUUAAAUUAUUAUAUUCUUUGUGUUCAAACACUUUGUGGCAACAACUCUGUUUAAAGUUCGCAUCUAUGGAGCUCAACAAGUAAAAAACAAAAAAACCCUGAGAGGGAUAGCUUUAUAAAGAUGCAUUUUUUUCCACAAGGAUGAGAAAUGGAAACACAUGUAUUAACUUCCUCAUAAAGAGAGAUUUUUAAAAUCUUCCCUGUUGAACAGAAUAAGCUGAUUCUGGACUCUACAGCACUUUUCUUUUAUAUAUAAGGUCCCAGUAUCUUUCUAAUGUUACUCAGUGCCAAGUGAACGCUCUGUUGAAAUCUCUCAAAUAUUGUCUGCCUUGAAGCCAGCACCAAAAUCUCUACCUGUCUGAAUUCUUUGGAGCCAAGCUUUCAGUCCCAGAGAAUUGUUUUGUUGUUUAAUGUACAUCUGCACAGAAAAAUGCUGUCAAAUAGAAUUAAGAGGAGAGGUGAGUUCCAAGAGUUUACACUAAGCAGUGUAUGAAUAAAAAACUGAAAGUUUGAAGUAGUAGGGAUUGAGAUUCCUAAAACAGCAAAAAUACUGAGGGUGCAGCAGUCUCCCAUUUUAAAAUCACCUCCAAGUCCUUGAGUAAUAUUGCAAAAAGAUAAAGUAUUUAAUUGAAAUUAACUUCAAGAAAGUGUCAUAUUAUGACUUUAAAGAUUGAAACUUACACACUCUGUGGUUUGUGUACUAGAAGAAAGCACAUUCACCUUUUUUUUCUUUGAUGAAAAAGUUAAUGGCUUUUAAUUGAACAAAUAAACUGAAACCAGAAUAGAAAUAUGCUGGCAGAAUAUUUUUGUUAUACUUUUUAAACCCUGUAGCUGUAAUGAACAGGUUUGUGGUAUGUACAGGUGAUGUGGUUGUUCUGGCAUGACAAACAUCAGUUUCUACUUGAAUCAUAGAAGAGACUGUUGUUGCAAGAUAAUUGUUUUCAUCUGUGCAGAUCACAGCUUGUAAUCUAUAAUUUAAAACACUAUCAAAUAAAUUGCUUUUGUUUAUACAGUUAUUAUUUUUCCUGAUGUUUUUUGAUUUUAUUCCCAAGUAUAGUUAUAAAGGUUUUCUAAUACUGAUUUUUGUAUCCUGCAUGAUGCAAUGAAGGCAUUUCAAUAAACAUUUUUAAAAAUACA